AUGGCUCAAGUGCGCAUGUUCACUGAUGGCGAACGACGGUAUGGCAAGAUCACCGGACCUACAGGGCCACUUGUCUACCCAGCCCUCCACGUCUACCUCUACACUGCAUUGUAUUACCUCACGGACGAGGGUACCAACAUCCUGCGCGCACAGAUUAUCUUCGCCGGUCUCUACCUCCUUACCCUGGCCGUUGUGUUUUCCUGUUACAGGCGUGUUGGAGCGCCGCCAUGGCUUAUGGUACCAUUGGCGCUGAGCAAGAGAAUGCAUUCCAUAUUUCUGCUGCGCCUCUUCAACGACUGUUGGGCGACUCUGGCGUUGUGGACUGCAAUAUACCUGCUACAACGGCGCCAAUGGCGCAGCGGCGCAUUCGUCUGGGGGUUAGGGUUGGGCGUGAAAAUGACCAUUCUCCUGGGCGCGCCGGCUGUCGGCUUGGUGGUACUCCAAGGAAGCGGCACAGAAAAUGGUAUCUCAUCAGGUAUAUCUGUUCUACUUCUCCAUCUUGUCAUGGCAAUGCCAUUCCUGGGUGGCGAGGCCGGGUUCCAGUACUUUGGCCACGCCUUUGACUUUGGGAGACAAUUCUUAUACAAGUGGACGGUCAACUGGAGGUUUGUAAGCCCGGCCGUGUUUGGCUCUCGCAGUUUCACAGUCGGCUUGCUGCUCCUCCAUAUCGCCCUACUUCUUGCCUUUGUCCAGGCUAGAUGGAUCAAGCCCAGCUCCAGAACUCUGUCGGAAUUCCUCAAGAAAUAUGUUGGCUUGAUUCGGCAAGGCGAAGACGCCAGGAUUUCGCAAAGAAUUACCCCAACUUUCGUCAUGGACACGGUACUUGGCAGUGUGAUGAUUGGCAUGCUGUGUGCUCGGAGCCUACACUAUCAAUUCUUCGCGUAUCUCGGCUGGGCAACUCCCUAUCUUCUGUGGAGGGCUGGCGGAGGCCCCGUGUGGGUUCUGGUCAACUGGGCACUGCAGGAGUAUUCCUGGCUGGUGUAUCCCAGCACAGACAUUAGUUCGACCCUCGUGGUGACCGAAUUGGCGGUGCAAGUGAUAUGUGCACUUAUUGCACCUCCGGUAGAUCACAUAAGCCCACCUUCAAAGGUGCAGGGCAAGACCAGCUGA